AUGACAAAACCGGAUGGCACCUUCACUGGCAUAGAGCAUCCAUACCAAAAGCCCCAUGGACUACAGAUUGCACCAACCAUCAAUCUUCGUACAGACCCAAGAUUUCGAGGAUUCUUUGAAGAUUACUUCCAACAAGGUCAGAUGGGGUCCUGCGUUGCGAAUGCAACCGCGGCUUGUUAUCUCUUUGAGCUCCGCAAACACAAUGCUCUCAACGGUAUUCCUGGAGAGGCGAUCGUCCCAUCUCGACUCUUCAUCUACUACAAUGCUCGAAUUGCAGUGUCCCAAAAUAUUGCAGAUAGAGGGUGCUUCAUACGUCACGCAUUCAGAAGUCUGGAAAAGUAUGGAGUAUGCUCAGAAGCUUCUUGGCCCUAUGAUAGACUCAAAACAAAUGUGAAGCCGCCCGAGACUUGCUUCCAAGAGGCACUUAGGCACAAAAUAUCGACGCAUGAGCGCCUGGAUGUCCAUCGUAACGCAAAAGGGCCUGAUUCAACCAUAGAUAUGGAUGCAGAUGGUGACAAUGUCCUUGGCAAUGUCCUAUCUUGCCUUACUGACUGUCGCCCGGUGGUUUUCAGUCUUACUUGGAAGAUUGGGGAUGCUGUAUGGGACAAGGACGGACCAAAUGGCAUGUGGCAAAUUCAUGCCAUGGCAAAGCCAAGGCACUCCAAGGUGUCCUUGCCAAAAGCCGCACAUGCGGUCCUGGCUAUUGGUUACGAUGACAGUUCAAAGUAUAUUCUUUGUCAAAAUUCGAUGGGUGUAUCGAAAUUCCUCUUCUGGAUUCCUUAUGAUUGGAUCACUGAUUUUUAUGCUACGAGCGAUUUUUGGACGAUGAAAAUUAGCAUUCAAACACCUCUCGGAAGUCACUGA